CAGGUUGGGAUCUGGUCUUGUGCCCUCUGUCCACAUCGGGGCGGGGGACCUACGAAGGAGGGCGAACUCCCCCUCGGAGAUUCUGGUGGAAGGUGGGAAAUAUUCGUUGAGUCAAUUAAACUGUGCAAGUUCACAGCCGAGGAGAGAGGUUUGGAGAAACGAGGAAGGUUUCCCAAUGACUUUUGAACUGCGGAAACGUUUGACAGAGGAAAAGGGCUUCAGUUUAACGUGAGAUUGCUGGAAGUUGAGGUCAUAGUCCCGUUUUCCACCUUCCACUUUAUGAUCUCUUUCCAAGACCGUAAAUACUUGCAGCUGGGCUUCAUCACCAAGCCUUCUCACCAGCUUCUGUCCCUUCUGUGCCCUGGACUCCGGAUACCACGACUCUCAGUACUGUGUGCUCAACCCAGACCCAGAGCCAUGGCUAGCUCUUCUUCCUCCUGGGAGCUGCCCCUGGUGGCUGUGUGCCAACUAACAUCGACACCAGACAAGCAACAGAACUUUAAAACGUGUGCUGAGCUGGUUCGAGAAGCUGCCAGAUUGGGUGCUUGCCUAGCUUUCCUGCCCGAGGCAUUUGACUUCAUUGCACGAGACCCUGCAGAGACACUUCGCCUUUCGGAGCCACUGGGUGGGGACCUUUUCAGAGAAUAUAGCCAGCUUGCCAGGGAAUGUGGACUCUGGCUGUCCUUGGGUGGUUUCCAUGAGCGUGGCCAAGACUGGGAGCCAAAGAAAAUCUACAAUUGUCAUGUGCUUCUGAACAAUAAGGGAUCAAUAAUGGCCACUUACAGGAAGACACAUCUGUGUGAUGUAGAGCUUCCAGGACAGGGGCCUAUGCGUGAAAGCAACUCUACCAUGCCAGGGCCCAGUCUUGAGUCACCUGUCAGCACACCAGCAGGCAAGAUCGGUCUAGCUAUCUGCUAUGAUAUACGGUUCCCUGAACUCUCUCUGGCACUGGCUCAAGCUGGAGCAGAAAUACUUACCUAUCCUUCAGCUUUUGGAUCUGUCACAGGCCCAGCCCACUGGGAGGUGUUGCUGCGGGCCCGUGCCAUUGAAACCCAGUGCUAUGUGGUGGCACCAGCACAGUGUGGACGCCACCAUGAGACAAGAGCAAGUUAUGGCCACAGCAUGGUGGUGGACCCCUGGGGAACAGUGGUAGCCCACUGCUCUGAGGGGGAAGGCCUCUGCCUUGCCCGAAUCGACCUCAACUAUCUUCGACAGAUUCGCCAACACCUGCCUGUGUUCCAACACCGCAGGCCUGACCUCUAUGGCAAUCUGAGUCACCCACUGUCUUAAGGUUUUAACUUCUAUGAGUUGAGACCUCCACUGUAAGGAGGCUGUGAUUUGCAGGCAGGACCCAAGCACAGCUCCCUCACUUGGAGAACCUUAAGCUCUCUUGAUGGAUCACAGGCUCAACUUGAAAAAAACAGAAAUUUGACCUGAGCUCAGAUUUCAAUUUCAGAAAAGUGGAAUUUUAUAUAGUCGCUGUUUAUUUCAUGAAAACUGAAGUUACGCUGAGGGCUAAACAGCACUGGCAUUGAAAAAAAUAUAAUCAUAAUGUCUGCGUCUGGACAUCUCCUUUGGGAGCUGCAAGGGGAGGUGGUAUUGUACCUGCUGGACUAGAUUCCAGUUUUAGGUCUCCUGGCUCAUUCAACAUGCCUCCCUACCUAAAAAAAAGUGCAACACUCAGUGCAUGUCCUAGCCCCAUUCUCCCAAGCAUAGAAGUGGGAGUAGGGGUAGAGGAGGGGGAAGGAAAAAGGAGUUAGAGUUGAUACUGAAUUAACUCAUUUUCUCUUAAGGUGCCCUUUGCCCAAGCCAGAAGAAAGCAAAGGGGAAAAGGGCUGCAGGGUAGGUUAUUUAUUUUCACUUGACCAUGAAAGGAAAGUGUCACACUCCCCCUUCCCCUUUUCAGGGGGAGUGUAUUUUAAUCAGCAGCUUCUACUCCAUCUACUGUAUAUGGGUGUACACACACCCAUCACAGUUGGGAGGGGUUAUUAGUCUGACCCAAUCCUCUUAUCCAUUAACUCCCUUGAAGAGGGCUUGAUAGAGGGGAAAAAGGAAGGGGCCAUACCAGGCAGCAGUUUCAAGCCAUGGAACGGAGGAAAGAAGGCAGAGAGGAGCAGCACCAGAGGCCAGGAGAGAGUGGAAAGGGCCACAGCUUUU